AUGGCCCUAGAGUACCCUGUGCCCGAGCAUGCUCCAGAGACGGUGGUUGUGGGAUGGGGGGCGACUGCGCACCGGUGCAAUGCGCCUUGGUUCUCCUGGGAGGCUGAGCACGGCAUGUGCGCGUGCAUUGCCUGUUCGCACAGCUACGCGAACAAGAAGGUUUGGGUGAGUAGCAGCAAUCACCUCGGCUCUAAGCACCAGAAUCAGGUAAUUAACUGGCGCGCCGAGCAGUGCAGGAGGCAAGUCUACCAGAAAGGAUGGUUCAAGACCACGACGAUCGAAGAGAAUCCCGAAUAUCGCUGGGCGUGGAGCCCAGAGUACCAGAAGAAGAUGACAGAGGCAGCGCAAGCGUUGCUCGAGCAGCGUGGAGAACAAAGUAUCGAUCUGCACAAGCUCAAUGAGAAGAUCGACGAGCUGGGCGAGAAGGUCAAUGAUAUGACCCACCUGCAGAAGCUCUAUGAGACGAUCGCCGCGCUGGGCGAGAAGAUGGACGCGCUGCAGAAUGCCGCCGACAAGACGCAGACGGACCGCGAGGUGCUCUCUGCGAAACUCGACCGCCUCGUCAAGACGAUCGGCACCCUGCAGCAGAAUAUCGACACGAAGCUCUCCGUCGGCGUGGUCG